AUGACUGCUGCAAAAAAAACGAGCGCUCAAACAAAAGUCCAUAAUUUGGAAACAUUUUCUCUUCUUUGGCUUGAUGCAGAAGUCAAUACAACAGAAGACAACAAGCGAGCACAAAAGCGACUUCGUUCAAUCAUCAAUCAUCUCGAAAUAUUUCAUGAUCAAAAUGAAUGUCAACAAUAUAUUAAUUCUUGUUCUGAACAUGAUCGAGUUGUUCUUAUCAUUAGUGGUCGAUUAAGCAAAGAAUUAAUACCUCAGCUUCACAAUCUUCGACAAGUUUCUGCUUUUUACAUCUAUUGUUGGGAUAAGAAAGCAUAUAAAGAUUGGGCAAAACAGUAUAGUAAAAUAAAAGGUGUAGUCGUUCAACUUGAUGAUCUCAUUCAACAAAUCACAAUGGAUCAAAAAGAUCGAGGAAAAGUAGAAGAACCAAUGUGUAUGAAUUUUUACAAUGUUAGUGGUAAUGUAGAUAAAUCAAUGACUGAACUCAAUGGUCAAUUUAUUCAUUCUCUAUUAUUAAUCGACGUUCUCAUUAGAAUGAAAUCUAGUGACACUGACAAAAAAAAACUGAUUCAACUUUGUGAAGAAGAAUUUAGUGACAAUGAUCAUCAACUAGAAAUUGUUCAUGAAUUCGAAGGUUACUAUAAGCCUAAAAAAGCUAUAUGGUGGUAUACUCGUGAUGCAUUUGUAUACAGAAUGUUAAACAAAGCUUUGCGAGUGCAGAACAUUGAAUUAUUAUUAUUAUUUCGCUUUGUAAUUCAUGACAUUUAUCAGCGACUCACACAGCACCAAUGUCAAGAUACUGUUCGUGUUUAUCGUUAUCAAGCUAUGUAUGCUGAUGAAUUAAAUACUCUUCAAAACUCGAUCGGUCAAUUUAUCUCAAUUAAUUCAUUUUUUUCAACUAGUUCUGAUCGUGAUACAGCAUUAAAAUUCAUGAAGCGUACGACCAUUUCGAAUGACUUACGUGGAAUAUUAUUUGACAUUGAAGCUGAUCCACGUGUUGUGAAAUCAAAACCAUUUGCUGAUAUUAGUUCAUUAAGUUAUUUCAGUCAAGAAUCUGAAAUAUUAUUUAUGGUUGGAUGUAUAUUUCGUUUGAUCAAUAUCUAUCCAGAUGAUAAAGAAAACAUUUGGAUAAUUAAAAUGCAGUUAGCAGAAAAUAAUGACAAUGAGUUGAAGAAGCUUUUCGAUCAGUUGAAAGCAGAUUAUGGAGGUGGCGAGAACGAAGCUGAUCUUAAGUUUUUUGGUGAUGUACUUCAACAUAUGGGAAAAUAUGAUUCGGCAGAAAAAGUCUAUAUCGAUAAUUUAUUCAUAUGUACUAUUGGAUCAUUAAUAUCAUCUAUGACUUCAAUACAACAUUAUAGAUCUUCAUAUUUCAUAUGUAAUGUAUUUGCUAGUGGUGAUGGUGGAAAUGCAAGUAAUACCGAAAGACAUGAACCUGAAUAA